GUUUAGGAUUUGUCCUUUGGAGUGUAAUUUGUAGUCGACCAUGUUAGUUUAACAGAAGAAAUGGAUUGAACUGACUGUCUAGAUGUGAUUUCAGGGCAGCAAUAGUUUACCAGGACAUCAUCUCUUUAGAGUCUUCCUAAAUUCAUUAGCUAUGUUUAAUGUAAGCCCAUGAUCUGCUCUAGUUACAUGUAGGGCACCCAGACAGAAGGUAGGGCCUCCCAGGGAUUAGAGAACAUUAGCCUGGGACCUAAUGCCAUCUCCAGACCAGGUUGCUAGAGUAAGGAAGAGGGGGAACAGCAUCAGAAGAGGAUUUGAUAAUUACACAGGGAGGUGACAUUAAAGCAAAUCAGAUUUAGAAAUCCUCUGAAAGUCACUUGUCUGCUAAGAAGGACAACUAAAGACGGCAAGGAAGAGAGGCAGGCAGAAAGGAACGAUAAUAUAUACUUUGACAAUUCAAGACUUUGAAUAAGAUUGUAAUAUUAACAUGAAGCUUUUCUUAACUUUCCUGGCCACUUACCUUUUUCUGGUUCAUGCUUCCCUGGGGGAACAUUCUAUUCCGAAAUUUGUCUGCACCCCAAUGCCUUUAGAUAUGGAAUGCCAUUCAAACAUGCAGCGGCACAGUAGCAGUGGGCAUUGGAUGGGCAUGCAAGAAGAAGCUAAAGAGACUAUCCUGCAUUUGCGUGAGACUGUGGUACACCAGAAGGAGACUAUCUUGGAUCAGAGAGAGACAAUUAGGGAACUCACAGUCAAAUUGAGCCGCUGUGAAGGCUACCCUCUUGGCAGAGGGCAUGAGGAGAGUUAUACCCAUUCUUCUGAACAUGGUCGUGAUAGAGACCAUGGGUAUGAAGAAAGCUAUGGGCAUGAUAAGGAUCAUGGACACAAAAGAGAACAUGGACAUGAGUGGGAAGAGGGUCAUGACAGAGACCAUGGCCAUGACAGAGACCACGGGCAUGACAGAGACCACGGGCAUGACAGGGAUCAUGGGCAUGACAGAGACCAUGGGAAUGAAAGGGACCAUGGUCAUGAGAGAGAGUUGGGACACAAAAGAGAACAUGGUCAUGAAUGGGAAGAAAGACAUGAUAGGGAGUAUGGGCAUGAACGUGAGGCUGGACAUGAGAGGGAUCACCCUCACGGACAUGAGGAUGGCCAUGGUAGAGAUCAUGAGUACCAUCAUCUCACCCACCGUGAGUAUCGUGAGCAACCAGCCUAUGAUUCCUACCGCAGGGCCACUGGUGUGCCAAACACUAUGGAAGAUCCUCCACAAGUGACACCACAGAGUAUUCAGCAGAUGGAGCGAAUGCUGGAGUCUUUAAAGGAAAGACUGGAACAUUUACAGGUCAACCAGAACUCUUCAUUAUUCUCAACGUCUCUCAAAGAUACACUGCAGAAAAAGAUCAGCAUCUUGGAACACCAGAUCCUUGCAAAGCACAACAAUACCGAGACCCAUGAAGACCCAAUUAGACACAAACUGGAUGCCACCAUAUCUGCGAUUGAGAAAGGAAUUAAAUCUGAUAGGCAGAUGAAUGACUUUAGGGUCAGUUUUCCACUCAGAACAAGCUAUAUGUAUGCCAAGGUGAAAAGGACCAUCCAUCAUGAAAUUUUUGCCUUUACCAUUUGCUUGUGGAUGAAAUCAACAUCUUCUCCUGGAGUGGGAACACCCUUCUCAUACUCUGUUCCUGGCCAGGCCAACGAGGUGGUGCUGAUUGAAUGGGGGAACAAUCCCAUGGAACUGCUUAUUAAUGACAAGGCUACAGCUCUUCCACUUGCAAUUAAUGAUGCAAAAUGGCACCAUGUUUGCAUCACUUGGUCAAGCAGAGAUGGAGUUUGGGAGUCUUAUCUGGAUGGCGUGAGAAGGGGAACUGGUGAGAAUCUUGCGGCCUGGCAUACUAUUAAACCCGGUGGAGUUUUCAUCCUUGGACAGGAACAGGACACAUUGGGAGGAAGAUUUGAUGCAACCCAGGCGUUUGUGGGUGAGAUUUCUGACUUUAACAUGUGGAGCCACAUCAUGACACCUAGUGAAAUCUUCAAGUUGGCCGCCUGUUCAUCUCACGCCACUGGUGAUGUCAUAGAAUGGGCGGAGUCUUCCAUGGAGUUCCAUGGGGGCGUGACUAAACUUCCAUUUAACUCUUGCCAUUGACAUGAGGAGUCCCUCCACCAGCAGCAUGCUCUGAUUGGGAGCCCCAACAUGGAAGGGACUCCCGGUACCCCAAAGACUAUUGCUUUUUCCGGAGUAGACCAGCUUUCUGCAUCUCCAUUUUUCUUACAUUUUUAUGUCUAUGUUCAAAUUCUAAUGCUUUGUUGGAUUUAAUGCACUUUUGUAUGAAGAAUGUUUGUUGCUUUACUAUAUGAUAAGUCAAGUGUCUGACAUCUCAGUUUGCAAAUACUCUUAUAGUCAUGCCAAAUGCAUCAAAAUUGUAACCCAAGAAAGUGUGCCCAUAAACUGUAUAAGGACUUGUAGUUAGUAGAAUGCUGGUCACUCUACCCAGGUUGAAAGAUGGAUAUCUGUGGUUUUCAAAUGGGUCCACUAGCUUGGGUUACUAUACUACUCUUAAAUUGAUUUAAUGGAUAUAUCCAAUAAUUGACAGUCAACCUUCAUGUGUAGGUAUCAUUUUUACAUUUCCAUAUAAAAAUUUAUGAUUUUUCAGGAUGUUAGAACAAUUUGAGUGUUUGCUUAACCUUGAGUGUUUGCUUAACCUUGUAUGAUCACUCUGUGACCAUCUAGAACAGAACUGUCCAACUUCUUACGUAAUGGGCAAUUAUAUGGGGGGGGCAGGUUUAUACACUUGCAGAAUCAGACUGGCCUGCCACAGUACCACAAAAUCUCCAGCUCUAUUAAGCCCCAGCCAAGGCCAAAUUUCUUUGACCCCUUCAAAGGUCUACAAGACACUUUACAUUUUACAGUGUCUAUAUCUAGACGCUGAGGGCCAUAAAAAUGUUUGAGGAGCACAUUCACCCCAAGGGAACCUAGAGGGCGCCAGAGUACCACAAAAUCUCCUGGUGGUCCCCAGCCCUAUUAGGCCCCAGCCAAGGCCAAAUUUCUUUGACCCUUUCAAAGGUCUACAAGACACUUUACAUUUUACAGUGUCUAUAUCUAACUGUUGUGAAAGUAGGGCAUAGAAAUCAGGUUCUCUGGUGGGCCCUAGAUGGUCCAACCCAACAUUGAAUUCUUGCUAAUGCUGAGGGCCAUAAAAAUGUUUGAGGAGCACACUCCCCAUGGGAACCUAGAGGGUGCCAGAGUACCACAAACUCUCCUAUCUAACUGUUGUGAAAGUAGGCCCUCAAUAUCAGGUUCUGUGUUGGCACUAGAUGGUCCAACCCAACACUGAACUAAUGCAAAUGCUGAGGGCCAUAAAAAUGUUUGAGAAGCACACUCGACCCAUGGGAACUUAUAGGGCAGACCUGAUUUAAAUCCAGAUCACUAGUUUUCAUAUUUGUUCUCAUGACCCACCACAGGGUUGAACUUCAGGUCUCUCUAUUCUAGUACAUGGAAUUGUAGGUAUGCAAACUGAGCACCACUGAUUGGGCGGCUGUAAAUAUUUGGUGUGGUUUAUAUAGUUCAUGUAGUGCCUCUUAUUCUUGUUCUCUUCUUUCUUUAUACAUGUGCAUUUGUGUUUUUCUGGGGAUUUCUACAGAGCAUUGAUUCCAAUGAUUUCAUGACAUAUGACGCUAGUGCAAGUUGUGCACGACUGCUGCAAAGUGGAGGAUCCUAACCUUGUAUAUAAAUAUUUGUGCAUACUGACUAUUCUAUUUAUCCGUGUGAAUACGCUUAUUCUAUGUUUUCUUUGUACCUUAGUAACUUGUAUUCCUGUUUUUGCAGAAUGCAUAUAAAUGGCUGCUUUCUUGCACUUUCUUUUUGAAAUCUCAAGUGAACUCUCUGUACAAUAAACAUUUAAAAGGGAAGGAACACACACAAAUGUUGUGUUUACACAGACGCAACAUCUCAUUCUCACUCCUAAUAUACAGUAUGCAUUCUUAAUCUUGUAUAUUAUUUUAUGAAUAACAGUGUAAUGAUCAUAGGAAUGUUAGAAUCAUUGUCUUAUUCAGAUAGAAGCAGGACAAGCAAUCUGAUUGGGGCUUAAGAAUUAAGAAGCUAUUGUACAAUAUCACAUGCUAGGAGGUGACGGACAUUGACAAUGAGGGACUAGAGGGGAUAAAAUGAAGAAACUGGAGGCCACUGGGGUCGGUGAGCGAGAAAAGUCACUGUCCUCUAGUUGUGCGAUAACCAACAGUUGCAAGGAUAGUGUGAUGCAGAUAACGUCAGGCUUACAACUAGAUCAUUAGCCAAGUGCGUCCCACUCCCUUGAUAUGUAUGUAUGUAUAUCUUUAUUUAUAAAGCACUACUUAUGUACGCAGCGCUGUACAGUAGAAUACAUUA